AUGUCGAACAGAACAAUAGUAUGGCAAGUACCUCUGCUGCUUAUAUUUGUUCUAUACGCUAGCUUGACGCACGGGCAGGUCAGUUAUUCCAUCCCUGAAGAAAUGGCGAAGGGGUCUGUAGUCGGUAACAUUGCGCAGGAUCUGGGUUUAGAUUUGAAAAGACUUAAGUCAGGGAAAGCCCGUAUAUACACGGGUGAUAACACGGAAUACAUCGAGCUGAAUAAAGAGAGGGGAGUACUCUUAAUCAAAGACAAAAUUGACCGCGAGGCUCUGUGCGGUCAGACAACGCCUUGCGCACUGCAUUUCCAGGUCAUUCUAGAAAAUCCUAUGGAAUUCUAUAGUGUCACAGUUAUAAUUCAAGAUCAGAACGACAACGCACCACAGAUCUUGUAUCCUGUACAGACAAGUGGUUCUCUGGUAGCUGAAAUCGUGCCUCGUUCAGCAGAUGUGGGCUAUCUGGUCACCAAAGUGGUGGCAGUAGAUGUAGAUUCUGGACAGAAUGCCUGGCUCUCAUACAAACUGCAGAAAGUGACCGAUAGAGCGCUGUUUGAAGUUGGGGCUCAGAAUGGAGAAAUAAGAACUAUUCGCCAAAUCACUGAUAAAGAUGCUGUGAAACAAAAGCUCGCUGUUGUAGUGGAGGACAACGGACAGCCCUCUCGCUCUGCUACAGUCAAUGUGAAUGUGGCUUUAGCGGACAGCUUUCCUGAGGUACUCUCGGAGUUCAGUGAUUUUACGCACGACAAGGAAUACAACGACAAUCUCACUUUUUAUCUGGUCUUGGCCCUGGCUGUGGUUUCCUUCCUCUUCAUAGUAUCCAUCAUAGCCAUACUGUCUGUAAAAUGCUACAGAUGGAGACGUGAGAGGAUGUUUUAUAAGUCCAAUGGAAAUCUCCCUGUCAUUCCAUACUACCCGCCCCUGUACGCCGACGUAGGGGGUACAGGAACUCUGCAGCACGUUUAUAAUUACGAGGUGUGCCGAACGACCGACUCCAGAAAGAGUGAUCUGAAGUACGGCAGAUCAUGCAGUCAAAGCAUCAUUAGUCUGGACAACGGUGUCACUCUCCCACACGCACAGAGAGAAAACCUUAUCAGUGAUGAUUUUGAUGAUAAGAUAUUUCCAUCUGGACCUCCCUCUUUAUCCCCGAUGUAG